GCCGGCCGCGGGAGGGGGGCGGGGGGGCGGUUUGGAAAAAUGACUCAGUAAGUUCAGCGCGCCCGCUCCGGCCGGCCCUGCGCCUCCCGCCGCGCCCGGGAUGUAUUCGUCCCCGCUCUGCCUCACCCAGGAUGAGUUCCACCCGUUCAUCGAGGCCCUGCUGCCUCACGUCCGCGCCUUCGCCUACACCUGGUUCAACCUGCAGGCGCGGAAGCGCAAAUACUUCAAGAAGCACGAGAAGCGGAUGUCAAAGGACGAGGAGCGCGCGGUGAAGGACGAGCUGCUGGGCGAGAAGCCCGAGGUCAAGCAGAAGUGGGCGUCGCGGCUGCUGGCCAAGCUGCGCAAGGACAUCCGGCCCGAGUGCCGUGAGGACUUCGUGCUGAGCAUCACCGGCAAGAAGGCGCCGGGCUGCGUGCUCUCCAACCCCGACCAGAAGGGCAAGAUGAGGCGUAUCGACUGUCUCCGGCAGGCGGACAAGGUGUGGCGGCUGGACCUGGUCAUGGUCAUCCUGUUCAAGGGCAUCCCGCUGGAGAGCACCGACGGCGAGCGCCUGGUCAAGGCUGCGCAGUGUGGCCACCCGGUCCUGUGCGUGCAGCCGCACCACAUCGGGGUGGCCGUGAAGGAGCUGGACCUCUACCUGGCCUACUUCGUGCGUGAGCGAGACGCAGAGCAGAGCGGCAGUCCCCGGGCGGGGAUGGGGUCCGAUCAGGAGGACAGCAAGCCCAUCACGCUGGACACGACCGACUUCCAGGAGAGCUUUGUCACCUCCGGCGUGUUCAGCGUCAGCGAGCUCAUCCAGGUGUCCCGGACACCUGUGGUGACUGGAACAGGACCCAACUUCUCCCUGGGGGAGCUGCAGGGACACCUGGCAUACGACCUGAACCCAGCCAGCACUGGCAUGAGAAGAACGCUACCCAGCACCUCCUCCAGCGGGAGCAAGAGGCACAAAUCGGGCUCGAUGGAGGAAGACGUGGACACGAGCCCCGGUGGCGAUUACUACACUUCGCCCAGCUCGCCCACGAGUAGCAGCCGCAACUGGACGGAGGAUAUGGAAGGAGGCAUCUCAUCCCCGGUGAAGAAGACAGAGAUGGACAAGUCGCCGUUCAACAGCCCGUCCCCGCAGGACUCUCCCCGACUCUCCAGCUUCACCCAGCACCACCGGCCCGUCAUCGCCGUGCACAGCGGGAUCGCCCGGAGCCCCCACCCGUCCUCCGCUCUGCACUUCCCCACAACGUCCAUCCUGCCCCAGACGGCCUCCACCUACUUCCCCCACACGGCCAUUCGCUAUCCGCCUCAUCUCAACCCCCAGGACCCGCUCAAAGAUCUCGUCUCGCUGGCCUGCGACCCAGCCAGCCAGCAGCCUGGACCGUUAAAUGGAAGUGGUCAGCUCAAAAUGCCCAGCCACUGCCUUUCCGCUCAGAUGCUGGCUCCUCCGCCCCCGGGGCUGCCACGGCUGGCGCUCCCCCCUGCCACCAAACCCACCACCACCUCCGAGGGAGGAGCCACGUCGCCGACCUCGCCCUGUAAGCACGCGGGAAGCGGUGCCCUGGUGGGGCGGACGUCCGCAGGGAGGCCUGUCCUCUUCCCAGCCCCACUGCCAGGUCAGAGGUCAGGCCCAACCCUGCAGGACCUGGCGAGUUUGGUGGGUCUCUGGAGAGCAGCCCAGGGGCCGUGUGGUCUGGCCACAUAGGGCUGAGGCAGCCUUAGGGGCUGGCAGGACCAAGCCACGGCCCAGGGUGAGAGUCCAGGGUCUGUCCCCUUCGCUGAGUAGCCUGGGCGACCGUGGUUUCCACUGCAGUCUGCUGAAAACCUCCCCUGGUGUGUCAGGAAGCUGACGGUGGACACAGAUCUCAGGUGGCAGCCCAAGGGCCAGACUCGACCCCCAGACUGGUCUUUCGUUUGUGGAAAAGGAGAAUCAGUGUGAUCGUUUUAAAAUCAGGACGUUUCACAUAAAA